AUGCUGGAGGCUACAAUAGCAUGGGCUGUGAUUCUUCGAUUAAAAGCCGCGUCGGUGGUAUCAAAUCUCGAUCUGGCUGCAAAACUUGCAACCACAAGAAUUCGAAGAGUCAAAUGCGGCGAGGAGAAGCCAAUAUGUCUUCGCUGCUCCAGCACUGGGCGCAAAUGUGAAUACGCAGGUGCUAAAGGAUCUUCCCCUGCACAUCUCGCCCUUCAUCUAGCGUCUCCUAGCUACAAUUUGUUAGUAUCACCGAAUAGCACAUGUCAUGAGCGCCGUGCCUUUGAGUAUUUUGUCCAGCAUGCGUCAAAAGGACUCGCUGCCGGGAUGAAUGUCGAUUUCUGGACAAAAGUGGCACCACAAAUAUGCCGCACCGAGCCAGCUGUAUGGGAUGCCAUCAUAUCAAUCAGUGUCUUGUAUGAAUACCCUGACCAGUGCCUCGAUUUCCCGCUCCUGAAGCUUCAACAAGUAAAGAAGCGGGGUCUUAGUCAAAUCCAACGAGAAGCCUUGACUUGGUACUCCCGCGCCAUAUCCAGCAUCCACUCUCAGAUUGUGCGCGGGAGAGCGGAUUCAUAUGUCGCACUGAUUAGCUGUGUGCUAUUCAUCUGUAUAGAGGCCAUUCAAGGCCGUGUGGUGGAAGCACUCCAACUUUACGAGCAAGGCGUGAGUUUGAUUCUGAUCUUGCGCCAUCAAGUUGCCACUGGGACGCUUCCUCCCCAUCAGGCCCUACUUUUAGAGAAAACUAUCAUACCUCUAUUUAUACGGUUGGGCUCUAUCUCCUUGACUGUAUCAACAGUCCAAGUUAGCAGAAUUUUCGCCUAUGCCAAUUAUGACUUGAACAGCACAUUCACAUCUCUUGACGCGGCAAGAACUGCGAUCUCUGUUCUAUUUGCGCAAGCUACACUCCUUGAGCGAGAGGCAGUGCCAUAUCGCAGAGCAGCCAUUAGGAAUUUGGUUCCAGGGGCAGAAAUGACUGCCAAGCAGCAAUCACUUCGAAUGCAACUAGACCAUUGGCUCCAUGCUUACACAAAUUUCUGCCAAAAUCACACCCGGGCCGAACCAGUCCUCUUAGCAUACUAUUCAGCUACAUCAAUAUACAUUUCUACAUGUUUGUCGCAACAGGAAUUGGUCUAUGAUUCUUACAUGGCUGAAUUCGCGAUAAUUGUCGAGAAUGCCAGCCUAGCCCUUGCAGCUUCAGGGGGUCCAGGCUGUUUCCAAGCACCAUUCACAUUCGAGAUGGGCCUGGGUCUUCCAUUAUUCUUGACUGCAAUCAAGUGCCGACAUUCACGCCUGCGACGGAAGGCUUUGAAAUUACUUCGUCAAACACCGCCGAUCCAAGCGUUUUUCACGUGUACACCUGUAGCUUUCGUGGCGCAGAAAUGCAUGGAAUUGGAAGAGGAUUACAGUCGUUCUAUCGCGCUUGCGCAUGAUCCACAAGUCUGCUAUCCAUCUCCCCAGAGCUUUAUUUCAGACCUUUCUUCACCCACCACCGCGUUUGAGCAUGAGUCCACCGGUGAAAAUUCCACACAAAUUCCCGAAGAGGCUCGCAUAUGUUAUCAUAACGUCUUCAGACCUCAGCAAGAGUAUUUUGAAGGGGCAGAGGGAGAAAAUACUAUAUACAGGCCAAAUCAGGUCUUGGAAGUCUUCCGGAACCAUUUUGAUACAGUUAGCAACACAUGGCGCAUGAUUUCUCACUGUCUUCCGUUAUAA